AUGGCUUCUUCGUCGUUGAAAAGCACUCGAAAAACUUAUAGCUUCGAGGAACGAGAAAUUUUGAUAACCUUGAUAAAUAAGUACGAAGAUAUCGAAGAUAAAAGGUCCGAUCCAAUAUCGAUGUAUAAACGAAAAUCAGCAUGGUCUCAAUUGGCCAACGAAUACAAUUCAAUGGUAGGUCCACAAGGAAUACGUUCAGCUGUACAGUUAAGACGCUGUUGGGAAAACAUGAAAGCAUGUAAACGAAAUCGCGAAGAGAAGAAAUUGCGCGGUGUUUCAAAAAAUUUUUGUCAUCUGUCCAAAGAUCACACACGGUCAAAAAGUUGGGAAAAUAGAAAUUCCAUACCAGAUGUUCCUAUUCCUACCGGAACUAUAGGUUUACCUCCAAAUGUUAUGUUUGAACCAAAGGAAUCUGAACCAUUUACGUUGCAAACUGUGUGUACUAUAAAACCUUCGAAACAAAUCUCGAAAGAGGAAAAUAAUUGUAAAGAUACAGAUUCCAUCAGCAGUAAAAUCGAUUCGAAUUCGUUAUCAUACGGUCCAGUAACUGACUGUUUCGACAAAUCUAAAAAAGAUUUGGAGUCACCUGUGCCGGAACAAUUAGACAAAGAUGAAACAGUGGAGAAAAAUCGACUUAUUUUCAAAUCAAAUGCAACACAAACGAUGUUUUCCCCUUCAAUUGUUCAUGAACAGCCCCGAAGGACGAAAAGAUCCCUUCAUAAAGAGGAAGAAUUACAUGUAUUGGCUUUAUCAGAGGCACAGAUGAAAGUUGAUAUCGCUGCUAUGUUAAAAGAGGAGGCCAGGAUUAAAUUAGAAGAGGCUCACUAUCGUAAAGAAGAGGCUAGGCUAAGGAUGCUUCUUUUUACUUAUAAGUUAGAUAGGAUAAAGGAAGAUUGA